UUAUCACCAGACGCUCGUAAGCGAUAAGGUAAAGUUUUCGUAUUUCAUAUCGAAGAUGUUUUAACAUAAUAUUUCAUUUUUGUUAUUAACCACGCAUAACAUUGUUUAUAAAUUAUAACCACUUGCACAAUUCAAUUCAGUUUUAUCUUUCUUACUGAAGGUGAGGCUUACAAGUUACAUGGAGACAGGUGAAAGUCGUAAUUCCAGGUAUGGUAUCAGAAGCUUUCUAAUGAGGAGAAAAAUAGAACUAUAGGGAAAUAAGCCGAUGCCUGCUACAAAGUUGUGGAUUACCAGUAGUUUAGGGAAGGUUUUUACUCUUUCCACCCAAGAGCAAAGUUGGAGGGAGGUUCCUUAUUGUGGGGUUGAACUUAAAAGACUCUCAGCCACUCAGUGGUGUGUGUGGGGAAUAGGAAGUGACCACCAGGUCUAUGUGUUUAUUCCCCGAAGUGAUGUCCCCAUACGCUGUUGGGAAACUACUUAUGAAAAUCAGAGGUGGAAUCCAUACGGCGGAUUUAGCAGUAAUCUAUUACCUACGGACCGCCCACCAUGGAGUAGUAAAGAUGGUUUGAAGUCGCUUCCGAAGGAAAGCUUCAAGCUCGCAUCAGAUAGCUGGCAGUGGGAAGGAGAGUGGCAUGUAGAAGAAAACCUUGACGGACAACCGCUUGGGACUGAAGGUUGGACGUAUGCUAUUGAUUUCCCAAGGCAGUAUUAUCCAGAAAAACGUUGGAACUCCUUGGUACGCAGGAAGAAGUGGAUACGGUGUAGACGUUAUGCAACUGUGGACAAAUGGGUCCAGGUUCCCAGUGUACACGAAGAUCCCACAGAAGAACCUUUUAUUGAUAUAGCAGUUGGAGGAUCUGAAAUACCUGGAGGAGAUCCUGAUGCUGUAACUGUAUGGGCAGUAACUGUGAUGGGCAGAGUUAUGUUCCGUUAUGGAGUGAGAACCAUCCGUCCUGAAGGCCAAGGGUGGAUCCAUGUUACAACUCCAGCUGGUUAUGAAGUCAGUCAGAUUUCUGUUGGUCCAAUGGGGUUGGUGUGGAUUGUACUUGGGGAUGGGGCUACAUUAGUCAGAACAGGUGUAACCCGUGAAAAUGCUAGAGGCGGAAAAUUGUUGUUUCAGAUCUGGUUUAGAAAAGGUGUGAACAGUCAACGGGCAGGGAUAGAACCUACUUCUGCAACGGGAACAGGAUGGGUUGAAAUGGUUGGUCAGAUGGCUGUCGUUAGUGUAGGACCUGAUGACCAAUUUUUUUUUCAGGUAUGGGGCUUAGGCUGUGAUGAUAAACUUCCAUAUUUUAGAACAGGAGUAACUUAUGCUGAACUGAGUGGGAAAACCUGGAAACCUAUCAACUUGCCACUCUACAACCAACUUAGUCGUGGGAGUAGUCGUAGUAGUUUAGUGUCCCAGCAAAGCCUCCAGCAUAGUUAUGAAUAUGAUACAGUCAGUGGAUGUUCUGAUAAACAAGAUGAUCCACAUGCUAGAAACCAGCACAGUAAUUACUCUGAUAAAACUACUUCGACAAAUGAAAAGCCACACGUUAAGACAAACAUGCCAUUUCAGGCAUCGCUUUCUUUUAUAUCUGAAUCAAACCCUUCCGAUGAUAGUUUAUCACAAACUGAUUCUGGUGUAUCUAUUACAAAUGCUAAGAUCAUUCCAUCACCAUUAUGUUUAACUCCUGUAGCUAAAACUCUGAGAAAAGCAUCAGAGAGUCGGCUUUUCUGCGAGGACAGCUCCUCCUCAGAUGUUUCGGAUACGGUCGUGAAUUUCAUACAGGAUGCAUCGGAUGAUGAGGAUGAAGAGAACAGUGACGAUAAUGAAUGUGCUGCUACCAAUACAACUGAAGAAAAAAGAGCAGAUUUUAAAACAAUUAAAGAGAAACCCGAAGGGACUCGUGAAAGUGGCCAAGAAAUAGAACACAAACUGUUACAGAUGUCUAUCGAGCGACGGGACGACGCUAGCUCUGAACUGGAAAUCUCUAGUAUCGAUAAUGAUCACGAGAACAGUUCGGUUGGAAAAUGGGUCAAGAACUCGAUAGAGGAUUAUUUCUGUGACUACUUAAACAUGGAAGUUGACAUGUCUUGGGUGUGGUUGAGUGGUAGUGGUUGUGUUGUCGACCAUCAGUCUCCACCACCGUGGUUUGAUCAAGCCAUCAACGUUCAAGACAGUAACAUGAAUGAACUGUGGCGGAAAGAAAUAUUAUCUCAGUUUCUCAAGCGUUAUAAGGAGCAAGUUAGUGAAUUCACAGCCUAUCCCCAUGCAGUGGAAAAG